GAAACAUCUAACCUGAUGUUGUGUGCAGGUAGUGAAGGUGCAGGUGUCCAGGUGACUUCUGUUCCAGCCUCUCUGGUGCCCUACAGUCUGUCUUUCUCUGCCCGAGUGUCCUCUCCUCGUCCAGUCUAUAAAGUAGAGUCCAACUGUUCCCUGGACCCUCUCCAGUACCUCAGCACUGAUCAAACCCAGGCCACGGUCAAGUUGGCUGCAGGACACAAGUUUGACAGAGAUGUUGAACUGCUGAUUUAUUACAAAGAUGCCCACCAGCCCACUGCUGUGGUGGAGGCAGGACAGGCCUCUGCUGAGGCAGGCAUUCUGAUGGGUGAUCCAGUGGUGAUGGUGAGUCUGUACCCUGAGUUCCCCCAGUCUGUGAUGUCUUCAUUGGCUUCAUGUGGAGAGUUUGUGUUCCUAAUGGAUCGAUCUGGAAGUAUGAGUAAUACUCGCAUCCGCAGUGCCAGGGAUACUCUGCUGCUCCUGUUGAAGAGUUUACCAAUGGGCUGCUAUUUCAACAUUUACAGUUUUGGGUCCAGAUAUGAACACAUCUUCCCUAAGAGUGUGGAGUACAGCCAGCAGACCAUGAAGGAGGCUCUGAAGAAAGUUGAGCAGAUGGAGGCUAAUCUGGGAGGAACGGAGAUCCUGCAGCCCCUCAAACAUAUUUACAGCCAGCCCUGCAUUCCCAAUCAGCCUAGACAGGUCUUUUUGGAAAUUCAUCCGACCCUGUGCCCAGGCCGCCACCCAGAGACCCUUUGCUGCAGUUAGUCUCCCUCCAACAGGCGUCUGGCUGCUGGCUGCUUGAUCCAGCUCUGGCUGCUGCGCUGGGAAAGACCAUCGAGGAGGUGGAAAAGUCAAAGCCUGCAAUGGCCAACAGCGAAGUGUGGGCCACCAUUUUGGCUCUGAUCUGGCUUCAUGGCUUCAAGAUGGACACAAAGGACAAGUGGGAGCUUCUGGCUAUGAAGGCUACCUCAUGGGUCCGUGCUCAGAACGCAGUGUGUGUGACAGAGUGUGUGGAAGCUGGAAAUCUGCUGUUGGGUUGCUCCGGGGCUCUGAGGGAUUUCUUAAUUAUUAUCUGGAAAAAGGCAUGAUCUAUUUUGAAACAAAAUGUCAUUUCAAGCCAUGUCUUUUAGAU